AUGUUCUCGUAUACACACAUCAUACUACUCACUUCGUGCUUUGCGAAUCUUGUACUCGCAAAAUCACACAGCCCUAACUGUACUCUUCCCCCUGAUAAUUCAAACUAUGUCGCUGGUGUCAAUGUCCGAUCCACUCUCGAUAUCUUCUGGAGCGCCAUAUAUACAGUGUUUGUUUGUACGUGGGCUGUUCAACACCUGAACGUUCCUCCUCCUAAAGCAUCUACACCGGAUUUCCACUGGUGGCAAUUUUGGAAAAUCAAGAUUCCAGCAUUCUUUUGGACGAGACUAAAAUGGAUGCUACUCACAAUUAUCAUGCCCGAGUACUUGCUUGGCGCAGCUUUGAGUGGUUAUGUAGCUGCACGCAAAUUUAAAAAAUACACGAAAGAGCCAGGGAGCAAGGGUGAGAGAUGGACAACAACACAUGGAUACUAUGCCGAUAUGGGGGGGCUUGUAUAUACACUGCCCGAAACCCCUGGAAAUUUCGAACCUCGUUUGGUCGCAAUAAAUUCGAAGCAGUUACGCUACUUACUGGACAAAGGAUUCUUGGACCAGGAGCCUCCGAUGUCUGAGGAUGAAAUACUGGACAAAAGUAAAGGCGAUGCUUUUGCCACUAUAAGCGCGGUGGUCCAAUUACUCUGGCUUGUUACUCAACUCAUCACCCGAAAGGUCCUAAAACUCCCUUCAUCCCAACUGGAGAUAUUGGCUCUUGCCUUCGCAGUCUGCACCAGUUUCACCUAUAUCUUGAAUUAUCCUAAACCUCAAAAUAUACAAGUUCCGUCGCAUGUAUCCAAUCUUCAGCGGAAUCAAAGAGCAUCGCAAAGCUACUUCAAAAACGCAUUAUGGCCAUGGGAAGAUAAGAAAGAAUUGGAAGCUAUUAUACGAAACGACAAGCUCAACCCAUCCUCUCAGCUCAAGAUACUUAAUGAAGGCAAAUCUUAUGAGUGGAUCGUCGACGCUGAUUCUAUAGGAUUUAUAACCGGAGCCGUCAUUCUUGGUUUGUGCCAUUGCAUUGCCUGGAAUUUUCAGUUUCCCACGCCCAUAGAGCGUUUGCUCUGGAGAAUUGCUUCCGUAGGUAUAACUGGCAUCCUGCCUCUAUUUUAUUUUUUAUGGUUUAUGCUCACUUAUGGGAGCGACCACCUUGGGAAGUUAUAUGAUUAUCUUCAGCUACCAUUGUCAUAUAUUUCGUUUUCAGUUUAUGUAGUAGCACGGCUCUACCUUCUAGUGGCUCCAUUUAGAGAGUUGUUCUACCUUCCGCCUGAAGCUUUUAUCGCGACUUGGUCGGUAUCCUUGCCUUAUUUUGGGUAG